UUCACUGUAAAUUUUUCUAUUUUAUAAACAUUUUGUUUUACACAAAUUAUAUAUUAUUAAUUUCUUUUAUAAAAUUGUACAAAAGAUUUUUGAAACUAUAAACAAACCACUUAUUAAUAUAUAAAUAUUGUUUUUUUUUAAAUCUCAAUCUGGCUGCAGAAAUCUUACAAAAUCCUGAUGGAAUUUUGCAAGAAGAAUUCACUGAUGGAUCUAUUGUAAAUAUAUUGGAAGUGAGGAUCAAUCCAACUACAAAUGAUGAUUCGAUUGAAAAAUUUUCAUCAUUUAUUGAAAAUUGUCCUACCAAAAAUAACAAAUGUGAACCAGUUUAUGUUAAUUCAGAUGUGGAUAACACAUACUUAAAAGUAUUUGUUAAUGAAGUUCAUUUAUCAGAAGAUGGUAUACGAUUAUCAAUAAAAGUGCUAUGGAACAUUCUUAAAGAUGAUAGACAAACCGAAGACUGGAUAGGGUAUUAUAGAUUAGAUGAGAAAAAUGUUAUGACCUGUAUUGCUCGAUAUACAAAUCCUAUCAAUGGCACGUCAAAAGGAAGUGCAAUGUGGUUAGUUGAUUUUCCACACUGCUCAUCCAUGAAUGAAGGAUAUGGAAAAUUCUUUUGCUUCCGUUACUGUAGCGGCUUGUCUUGUCUGGCUGAAUCGCAGCCAAUUGACCUUGACUCUGUCUAUAAGUUAGCAGCUGACAGUAACGAGAAUGCUAAACAACCUAAAGUGUGUGAAAACUGUACAGAAUCAUGUGAAAGCUCUGAAAAACUUGCCCAAUCUGGAGCAAAAGUUAUUGAAACUAAAGUUGAUGUUCAUGUUCAACAUGUUGAUAAAAAACCACCAGUGGCUGAAAAUAAUGAUUAUCUUAAAAUUUGGUCAGAUGCUCCUGUACCAGAUUCUCCUCCUCCUCCUCUUCCACCACGUACCUAUAAACAUAAACCUUUAGAAAGAACUUGGGCAAUGCCGCCAACCACUAACAUUCCGUUGGAUGCAUUACGUCAGUUAAAACCAAAAGGUCUAAUGGAUAUUUCUGAUUUUACCAAUAUUUCUCCUGUGGUUGAGUCUAAAGCACAUAGACCUUUAACCAGAGCUUCUAGUCGAGCUGGAGACCAUGUUAAUAUGAAGUGUUCAGUUCAAAAAACUUUAUCAAAUGAUACUAGAGAACAUUCAAGAUUUAUGAUGUUAACAGAUGAAAAUAGAAAACCAAAAAGAACAGAAAGUAAAAGAGACACUACACUCCCACCUGACUGGGAAGCUCGAAUGGAUAGUCAUGGUAGAAUAUUUUAUAUAGACCAUCUUAAUAGAACAACUACUUGGCAUCGUCCUUCAAGACAAAAUUGUGAUAUGCAUUAUUACCAACAAAGGCAACAAUUAGAUAGAAGGUACCAAAGUAUACGUAGAACUAUUUCUCAAGAACCAGAACGUAACACACUGUCAAGAACUGAUUCUUUGCGAUUGGACUCAUCAAAAACUAAGUAUAGAGAAACUGGAAGUAUAGCUUUGCAAUUUAUUAGUAAAAAAGAAUUUCCAACUUUAUUGCAGCAAAAUCAAAGAGCAUUAGCACUUUAUAAUAGCUCUUCAUCACUUAAAUAUAUUGUACCAAAAAUACGAAAUCAUCCAUCAUUAUUUCAACGGUAUCAAAGUCAUAGUGAUUUGGUUAGUCUUUUAAAUUUAUUUGCCAAUACAAGAAUUGCACUUCCUAGAGGAUGGACUUCUAAAACUGAUGCUGCUGGAAAGGUAUUUUUUAUGGAUCAUACCACAAAAAUGACAACUUUUAUAGACCCACGUUUACCAUUAAAUGAUCUUUCUGUGCCAUUGCCAUCUACGUCUCAGGAACCUCCAAUACCUCCCCCUCGUCCAACUAUAACACAUAUUGAUAAUAUGCUUUGUGAUACAGUGGAUUUACCAACUGCGUAUAAUGAAAAAGUUGUAGCUUUUAUACGUCAACCAAAUAUACUUGAAAUAUUAGCCGAACGAUAUCCACAGUUAUCAAAUGACCAAAACCUAAAAGAUAAAAUAAACCAAAUUAGAAUUGAUGGUGUUCCAUCUCUAGAUACAUUUGGGAAUGAACUAGAACUCAAUAUUUUGUUGAGUUUAUUUGAGAACGAGAUAAUGAGUUAUGUACCAAUAAGAGUAAGAGAUGUAAAAGUAUCUCCUCAACAAUCACCAAUAAUGAAUAGGGCAAAUAGAACUGUUCCUCCAUUCAAAAGAGAUUUUGAAGCAAAACUUAGGAACUUUUACAAGAAAUUGGAAACUAAAGGAUAUGGGCAAGGACCAGGAAAACUUAAGAUUGAUGUACGGAGAGAUCACCUUCUACAAGAUGCAUACAAUAAAAUAAUGAGCAUGCCUAAAAAAGAUUUACAAAAAUGUAAAUUAUCAGCCCAAUUUGAUAAUGAAGAAGGACUUGAUUAUGGUGGACCAUCUAGAGAGUUUUUCUUUUUAAUAUCUAGAGAAUUGUUCAAUCCUUAUUAUGGCCUUUUUGAAUAUUCGGCUAAUGAUACUUAUACUGUUCAAAUAUCGCCUAUGUCGGCGGCAUUUGUUAAUAAUAAAGAAGACUGGUUUAGAUUUAGUGGACGAGUUUUAGGUUUAGCAUUAGUUCACCAAUAUCUGUUGGAUGCAUUUUUUACUCGGCCCUUCUACAAAACUCUUUUAAAGCUACCAAUGAGUUUAAGCGACUUAGAAUCUGUUGACCGAGAAUUCCAUCAAUCAUUAUGUUGGAUUCAAGAAAGAGAUAUAUCAGGAGAAAUGUUGGAUCUUACAUUUUCAGUAACUGAAGAAGUAUUUGGUCAAACAGUUGAAAAAGAGUUAAAACCAGGAGGCCAGCGAAUUUUUGUCACAGAAAAAAAUAAGAAGGAGUAUAUUGACAAAAUAGUCAAAUGGCGAUUGGAACGUGGUGUUACCGAACAAACCGAAGCUCUAGUCCAAGGAUUUUAUGAUGUAGUUGAUCCACGAUUGGUAUCAGUCUUUGAUGCACAAGAAUUAGAACUAGUCAUUGCUGGAACUGUUGAAAUUGAUUUAGCUGACUGGAGAAAUAACACUGAAUAUAGAUCAGGUUAUCAUGAUAAACAUCAAGUUAUGAAGUGGUUCUGGUCUUCAAUAGAACAGUUUACCAAUGAGCAAAGACUAAGAUUACUUCAGUUUGUAACUGGUACCUCUAGUAUACCAUAUGAAGGAUUUUCUGCCCUUCGUGGAUCUACUGGUCCGAGAAAAUUUUGCAUUGAAAAAUGGGGAAAAGCCAACAGUCUCCCAAGAGCUCAUACUUGUUUCAAUCGUCUUGAUUUACCACCGUAUACUACUCAAAACAUACUUUGCGAAAAACUAUUGUUAGCUAUAGAUGAAAGUAAUACAUUUGGAAUGGAGUGA